AUGAACAAGAACAGAACUCCAAAGAAGAAACACAAAAGAUCAUCUCCAUCUCAUCUCAAACAACUUCAAUCCGACACAACUUCUUCUGGUAGCUCCACUGCACAGAUUUACGGUAAAGCAGAUUCUGCAUCCAAUAUUUCAAGCAGUCAACAACUGAAUAACCAAGAAACUCAACAGGUUAAUAGAAAUAUGUCCUCUGGUGCUUCUGCUCUCGCUACCUCUCUUAACUUAAGACAUGCUGAUUCAGAUGGCAAAGAAGUUGAUAACCUCAUUGGCAAAAGAGAAAGAGAUUCUGAGGGUAUUUCUUUGAAGAAUUACCUUUGUGAUUGCUAUCAAUCAAUCACUGGGGAAUCAGUUAAUGAUGAGUUAUCUACAGAUGAAAUCUUUGAAUUGUUGUUAUCAGUUUCUAAUGAACAAUAUUCAGGCGACAAAGAAUUCAAACAUCGUAUGGCAUUUCUUCAAAGAGUAUUCAGAGAAGAAGUAGAUGCUCCUAUUCCAGAUGCAUUUUGUUACAAAGAUUUCAGAAGUAGUUGUUAUCCUAUACUCUUGGCUCAAUCUUACAUUAUUGUUCAGGUCUGUAAAAGAUUGAGAAGUGCUUCAAAUUUCAAUUUAGUGGAAUGGCUCCAAGGUGUUGAAUUUAUUCACAACAUUGCUGAUUUAAACUGUAUUGCUAUCAAAGCCACCAGGACCAGUGACACAUAUAAAUCUGGUAGUACUAUUGAUGACAUUACAUCCAAACAACAAGAAAAGGCGGUCAAGAAAGCUGAGAAAUUGAAAGAAAACAAGCUAAAGAAACUGAAUUCUUUUUUCCAAAAAAGAAGAAUCAAUAAAGAUUUAUAUCAAAAUAACCGCUAA